CUGCGCCCCGUACUUUACCGAACUUUUACUUUAAUUCCGAUGGCGGGAGUAGACACCGAUAUAGGACUAGUAAUCUCAGAGGGGACAACGGAAAUUGUAGACAACAUCUUCACCGGGAAUCAUGACAGUGGGGACACACCCCUCCUCAAUUACACGGAGCCGGACGUGGUGAUAAAUGAGGUGGACGACGGACAGCCCUGUUUGGCCUGCGGAGAGAGAUGUACAGGGUUUACCCAGCACAAAUGGAGGAAUACAUGCAAUGUGUGCAAAUGUCCAAGGGAACUACAUGACAUCUACAACGAAAACUUUGUCAACAUCCGUGACAGACUGGGAUGGAAACGAGACAAUGACCCCACAGCUCAGGUCAGCAAGGACCGCACCCUCAGGGAGGGGUAUACCUGGAUCCCCCCAGGCUUGUCCUCAGAACAGAUUGAGGAGUACAUGGAACAACUCCCAAACCAUAAAAUCCCCCUCCUGGGUCACCCCGGGGAGAGGUACCGUGACAUCCAGAUCAUCAGGCAGCUCCCCAAACAAGAUCUCUCCAUGGAGUACUGUAAAAUGCUCAGCUCCAGCAUAGAAAAGAAGGAGUAUAAUAUCUUCAGGGAGCUAAGGGACAACAUUGCGAUGGAUAUAGGAAUCGUACAGGAAGCCGUCAGUCUGUCUACAUGUGACCAAUGUAAGGGUGAGAUCGAGCCAACAGACCUGGCAGUGUUCGCCCCUAAACUGGGGGCAGAGCUUUGCUGGCACCCUGCCUGUUUUGUAUGCUCCAAGUGUGAGGAAUUACUGGUGGACCUCGUCUACUGCUGUCACACAAAGAAACUGUUUUGUGAGAGACAUUACGCUGAGCAGAUCCGCCCCCGAUGUCCUUCCUGUGAUGAGUUGAUAUUUUCUGGAGAAUACACUAAAGCUAUGGAUGAGAAUUACCACAAAGAUCACUUGGCCUGCCAUAACUGCGACAAGAAACUGGUGGCCUGUCGCUACAUCGUCAAGGAUGAGAACCCGCACUGCAUCCCCUGCUACCAGGAACUGUACGCACACAACUGUGAGGAAUGUAAAAAACCAAUAGGACCCGACUACAAGGAUCUCUCCUAUAAGGACCGUCAUUGGCAUGAAUUCUGCUUUAAGUGCUGCGAGUGCCAGAAAUCUCUCGUGGAUCAACCAUUCGCUCCCAAAAAUGACAACAUUUACUGCUCUGACUGUCACGACAAGAACUUUGCCGCUCGCUGUGAUGGCUGCGGAGAACCAUUUAAAGGAGGAGAUGAAGAGAAAGGCAUUGAAGGGAUGAAGAAAUUUGAAUAUAAGGGAAAACAGUGGCAUGAGGAAUGCUUUGUGUGUAUGGUCUGUAAGCAGCCAAUCAGAAAUAUGAGCUUCAUCCCCCGGGACAACGAGGCGGUCUGCGUCCCCUGCUAUGAAGAACAGUUUGCUCAGAAGUGCUCUAAAUGUAAUGGGGUGAUUAAUAAGGGAGGGGUGUCCUACAAGAACUCGCCAUGGCACAGAGAGUGCUUUACCUGUACCCAGUGUAAUAAGGAGCUGGCCAAAGAGAAGUUUACGUCCAAGGAUGACAAGCCAUAUUGCGCCGAUUGUUAUGGGGAGCUGUUCGCUAAGAAAUGUUGCCGUUGCUCCAAAGCUAUAACUGGUUUUGGAGGAACCAAGUUCAUCUCCUUUGAGGAUAGACACUGGCAUAGCGAUUGUUUUGUGUGUUACAAAUGUAACACAUCCAUGGUCGGGAAAGGUUUCCUUAUGAAUGAAGGAGACAUCUUGUGUCCCGAAUGCGGCCGUAAUUAGAAAAAUUAGAACUAUCAAUAAAUAUAUUUUAAUUGCUUUAAUGGCAGAUACUAUAUUCUAGAUCUUUCACUCUUUUAUUUAUAUGUAGUUAUUUUUGAAAGGUUGAUGUUGACUAUUUCAGAUGCUUUAUUUUUGUUUUAUUGGAAUUUUUAAGAAGUAUAUCUAUUUAUGUGUCUUUGUUUUAAUUUAUACUUCUGGAUUAUUCAUGAAGAUCUCCAUUGGAGAUUUAGAAAGAUUGUGAUCAUGAAAAGCAUGCAAAGAUAGAUAACUCUUGCCAAACAAGUUUGUACUGUUGACUUGUGUGGAGUUCCCUCCCUCUGCCAUAUAAAAUUUUUAUAUGUAUUAAAAAAAUAACAUGUUGUAGUUUUUUCACAUUUAAACACAAUGCAAGGCAUUUGAAAACAUUGUAUUGUUUUGCUAAAAUUUAACUGACUGCCAUUUUUGUUGAUAUUGCUUAUGUUUGCAAUGUUAUUAUUUUUAUUAAAAAUUUUUUUAAAAUACUUAGUCAUAUAAAAUGCAAUUUCAUUUAAACAUCUGCAAGUGAUUGAUAUGGAUGUAAGCAAAGUGUAUUCUAUAUAUUGCUUUGUUAUUUCGCAUUUAAAAAGAUAAAAAUGUUUAUCAAUUGCUUAAGUUUUGUUUUAUCAAGUGACUUCAAAAACAAAAAAGUUUUGAGUCAUUUUGUAAGUUUAAAUGUCCUUGCACUGCCAUUAUAAACAAAUAUUUACUGUAUAAAGAUAUCAAUUUUGCUCAUGCUUAUUUGCAUUUAUUUUCUUAAUAAAAUCUGUUUUUAUUUUAUUUUGACUUUGUGAUAUUCUGUUCCUCAUAUUGAUUUUUUCUAUUUAAAAAUAAAAAAGAUACCGUUCCUAUAGUUUUAUUCUUCUGUGGGAAAAAAAUUUUAAAAAAAAUGCAUUGGCAUCACCUGUGUUAGAUUUGCUAUAAUGAAUGCUUUUUAAAUAUAGCUACAUAUAUGUCACAAUUUAAAUAUUUUUCCUGCAUAUUAUGCUCAUGCAUAAAUAUUGAAUUUGAUGUUUGAAAUUUUCAGAAUUGUUUUGAUUUAUUUCAGUAUUAAUUUUUAUUGUUAAACGAGUGUUUUGGAUAUAUAGGUACUACAAUGUGUCACUAUUAUGUCACUCGUUCAGAUUAUGGAUUGUUAUAUUUUGGUUUUCUUGUAGUACUGUCAUGAAUUGAACCAAUGGUUACAUUUUCUGUAUUUGCCAUAGUAAGCUACUCAGACUGAUAAAAGCGUAAGAAAAAGUUUUCAGUCAUCAAAGCUUUGAGGAAUAUGAUGAGAAGUGAACAAUAAUUUAGACAUGUACAUGUAUUUGUGACGAGAAUAGAUGUACUGUUGGUGUCAUAUGUACCACCAUUAGUGGGAUUGAAGAUUAUUUUUUUUAAUUUAGCUUCAUCAUUGAUACUGCAAAAUUCAGCUACUUGAGCUGCUAUUGAAAAAUUAAUGUUAAAACUGUGUAAAAUCUUUCCUUUUUACAAUCUGUUUAUUUCCUGUCAAUCUCUGUCAAUUUUUCCCUACGUACUGCCAUAAGUCUGCCCUUUCCACAUAAAGGCACAUCCUUAUCAUUGAUUUAUGUGCUUCCAACGUUCAGUUGCCUUGGAAUUUGCUAUUUAAUAUGAAAUUUAAAUAAAUUGUACUGGUGGAUAUUUAUGUCUGUUUCAGAAUAAAAUCAGACAUUUUCUGAUCAAGUUUUAUGUAUUUCAUGUAAGGUGGAUGUUAAUUAUAAUAAAGCUUGAUAAAAAUGAUAA